ACCUUAUCUCCUAAGAUGUCUCUUCAGAAAGACUCUUCAAGUAAUACUAAUUCAAAUAUUCCUGCCAUACUGUUGGUAGGAAAAUCCGGUGCCGGUAAAAGUACUUUAGGAAAUUUGCUCUUGGGUCGAAAUGAAUUUGUUGUUUCAGACUCAGCUGAAUCCUCGCCACAAGUAUGUCAAACUGCUUUGAUUAAGAUAAAUAAUAAAACGUUCAAUAUUGUUGAUACACCUGGAAUUUUUGACACCGGCAAAACGAAUCAAGAAAUCUUGAAAGAAACAGCCCAAGCAAUCUUGCAAUGCACUUAUGGAAUUCAAGCCAUUAUUUUUGUCAUGGAAGCAACACGUUUUACUAAGGAACAGAAAGAUACUAUUAAUCAAAUUAUCAAGUUUCUUGGUCAAGAUUCGCUGAACCACAUGAUUGUAGUGUUCUCAAAAUGCAGAAAGGCUCCGACAAAAGACCCUGACUUGCUCUUUAAUUCAUUGGUCCAGGAACAGAAGGAUUUUCUCAAUAGUAUUGACAAUAGAUUCACUGUAUCUCCUGAUCUCGAUAUUUUUGAAGAACCAGACGACCCAAUUGUUGAGCGCCACGUGAAAAACCUCAAGAACUAUAUUGUUGAUAUUCCAGAUUUCUAUACAACAGCUUCCUUUGAAAAAGUUCGCAUGGAAAUUGAACGUGAAUUGCGACAAUGGAAGGAAACACGAGAAAAUACGAAAAAAAAAUUUAAGCAAUUACGCGCAAAAGCUGGUUCAGAUGCAGCUGUCAAUAUGGAGCUUGGAGAAGCUUGUUUUGCUGCAGAUUCAAAGGUUACUUUGCAAAAUGGCAAAGUUACCAACAUUUCGGAACUUGUUAUUGGAGAUUAUGUAUGUUGUGGCUUUGAGAAUGGGAAGAAAAUCUUCAGCGAGGUGUUUUUAUUUAUUCAUGCUGACCACGAUACAGUGACUGAAUUUCAAUUAAUUGAUUUCAUGAAACAAGAUGGAUCACAAGGAACCCUUUGCGUUACUCCUGAACAUCACAUUUUCGUGAAUGGUGGUGGAACCGAUUUUGCCAAAAAUGUUAUACCAAACAAAACCCAACUUUUUAUUUCUAACGGAGAGAAAUUGGUUCCCGUUACUUCAGCCCGUAUAUCAAAAGAACGAAGAAAAGGUUAUUAUAGUCCCUUGACUCGUAGUGGAAAUAUUCUUGUUGAUGAGGUUCUUUGUUCUUGUUAUGCUUCUGCACCUCCUUAUCAAGCCUUGUUUAAUUUUGUCUUUGCGCCAUUAAAAAUCUACACAAAAAUUUUUCCUUCUAAUUAUCUAGAUAAAGAGAUUCAUCCUUAUGUUAAAUUUUUAAGUAGAGGUCGCAGGAUAGUAGAAUUUCUCGAUGAUUUAAAUAUUUCUCGAUCUAUUUAAA